AUGGAAAGCGCCGCAAAAGCAAAGACUGCGUCCAAGCCUGCGAGGGUGCCUCGAGUGGCGAUGCUCGCGAAGCCACCUCCGCGACAGGUCUGCACGGAUCGCACGAAGGAGUGGAACAACGACAUCAACGUCGAUGUCCGAAACGACAAGGUGGGGUCGGUGGGGCCCAAGGGCAGCCAGAAGCACGGGGCGCCCGUGGAGGAGAGCACGAAGAAGCGCAAGCGGGCAGAACAGGGCAUGACCCCGCGGCCGCCGGCCGGCGCCAUGUCUGCAGCUGCGAAAUCGGCGAAGAAGAUGGAAGUGCAGGCUCCAGCCCAGCCCAAGGAAGGCGACGGCCAAGCAGGGCGGGCAAUGGAGGCCGCUGAAGUUGUUUCCAAUGUGGUGAUGACGGGGAAAGAGGCCAAAGGGAAUGCCGGGGACGUCGCGCCGGGCGCCAAUGGCUCGGGGAGCGGCGGCGCGGAUGGGUGCCCCACCUGCGUCUUCACCACCAAGCUAAAGUUUCCGAAGGGCGCUACGGACGAGGCAAAAAUUGGGGCCAUGAAGAAGUGCAUCCAGGACAUGAGGGUGGCGGGCGUUAGCCUGGGCCAGCGCGUGGAGGCCCGCGAGAAGACGAUCGAAUUGCUGGAGGCCCACCUGCAAGAGGCCAAGGAGCAGCUGCAGGCUGUGCAGGGGUCGCUGCGGGAGACACAGGCCGGCUUUCGUGAGGCGCAGGCUUACGUCAACGGGGAUGGAUCCGCCAGCGACCUCCAGAGAGGAGAGGAUUGA